GAUGGCGACUAUGGAAGUACCGCUCUCCGAGAAGAAACCGCAAAAGACGAAGAAAAAAGGGCAUAAGCAUGCCACUCCAACAAUUGAAGAACUGGUGGGCAAUUAUUUUGGUUCAAUGAACUCAAUGUCGAAGCGUAUUAUGGAAGAACAGGCGAAAUGUCGCUAUAAUAAUCGAAGAAUUUGGAACAAAUUGGACCAAGCCGAGAAGGAUAGCUUGAUAGAUCAAUAUUUUGUAAUCCCGCAACUCACAGAAGCCUACGAAGCGAAUUGUGGAGUUGCAGAACCCGGACCAGACGUAUUUCCCAAGUUGAAUAUCGUCGGUGGCGAAAGGGAGGUACAAUAUACGGACGAAGGAUCGAGUAGUGAAGCAAAGACAUACAAAUGGAAAGAUGAGUUUUCUGGGCCAUUUUGCUGGGAGACAAGGAGUCAGUUGAAUGUGUCAUUGCCAACACCUGAUGAGGACAUGGCUGCUAAUCUACCAAGAACUCCCAAGCCGUCUGAACAAGACCUUAUGAAAUAUAGAGCCGGUGAUGAUCAUGAUGAAACUGAUGGAGCUAGCGAACACAGCAUAUGUACUACAUCUCGAUAUGGUCAAAGUUCUGCAACAGGAACACCACGUUCACUUGGAAGACUUUCGUUUGAUUUUGACUUUAACACAAAGGCCAGUUCUGAAGCCUCUUUGCAGUUCUCAUUUGGUGGCAGUGAGUAUGACAAUGUAAGUGCAACACACUCUGUCGAUAGUGGAGGUAGUUCCUCCAGCAGAGAGAGACUCAUUGAAGAAGCCAAAGCCAAACCGAGAGACAGAACAAGCAGCAAAGAGACUAUGGACACCUCUAGCAGCAGUGGAAGUUCUACCCAAGGUCACAGAGUAAAAAACGCUAAGGGGGAAGGAUACCUACCACUGAAAGAGGAAAAUUCACAGGUUAAGAAAACCAAGAGUCGAGAAUCAGUAAAGGAUGAGAUUUACAUUAAUGAGGACAUUGCUCAAUUCAAUAGACCAUCAUCAAUCAAUAGCGAUCUAAAGGCGGCAACCCUACCAGCUACAAGUGUUGGUGAACCAGCUGAGUUCUCAUUUCUCACUGAUUGGUAAUGGUAUUGCACUACAGUAGCAGCAUUCUCCUUUGAUCCAAAUUCUGAAUUGCUCAGAACAAAUCUAUGAACCUUCCAGUAUCCAGAACAUCCAAUAUCCAGGUAUUUUAUAGGACUGGUCAAAAUUUUGACUGUGUGCAGUCUUUAGUCUUGAUGAUCUAUUAUACAAUACAUGCAACUGUUGAGAUGUGUAUCUAGUACAUGUAGUAAAAAUAUGGUAUUUGCACUAUCUACAAGGUAUUUGCAUGUGCUGUAAAUGACAGAGGUGUCUAUGGUCAUAUGCACUUGUAUUGCAUAUGCACUUCUAAUAGAGCAAAUAUGGUUUAAUUAUAACCCUACAUGUAAUUGUACCUUAUCCUAGACUGGCUCCAGUCAGAAUGAUUUUUUAAAAUAUUGGGGUAAUUUUCAAUUUUUAAAAUAAUUACUUUCCCCAUUCAUGGCGAAAUCACCCCGACUGGCAUUGUCCACUGCACCCUAUAUCGGAAUCAUAAAAACAAGAUGGUUUUUUAGCAUGCACUGUUAUGCUAAUGAGGUAAUGGGUAGUAGUCUUUAAACCAAUCAGAGGUCAGUAUGAUUUGCGGUUGUGUGGCAC